AUAAUAACUAGGGUUUCAGUUUCGCCACUUAAACAAAAACACUAGGGUUUCAAAUUCCUCAAUGGAGGUAGAAUCCACCGUCACAGAUCAACCAGCCGUCGUGGCAGCACCGCCGUCCAAUCCCCUAAUUCGAAGCUUAGCUUCCUGCAGCACCGCCGCUAGGUCAAAAUCAGUCCGUGAACUCACCAAUUGGCUUCCGUCGCAGCUCUCAAUCUCCGACGAUGAAAUGAAAAGAGUAUGGAAAGGUCUGUUUUACUGCAUCUGGCAUGCCGAUAAAGCGCCGGUACAAUCUAAUCUCAUAGAUAAACUUUCGUCUUUGUUGUUACAACUAGAUAUAAAUGUUUCGAUAUCGUAUUUAUCGGUGUUUUUAACUACGGUUAGGCGAGAAUGGUCUGGUAUUGAUGUGCUUAGGUUAGAUAAGUUUUAUUUGCUUAUUAGGAGGUUUGUGAAUGCUAGUUUUAAGUUGAUGAAACUGAAUGGUUGGGAUUUGGAUUUGUGUAAACGGGUAAUGAACGUGUACGAAGACAAGUCGUUGUUGGCAAACGAUAGGAAGUUUUUGGGGAAUGGUGUGAAUUAUCAUAUUGUGUCGGUUUUUGUUGAUGAGUUGAAAGAGUAUUUGCCGGUGACGUGUGAGGUUUAUGAGGUUUUGUUUAAGGUGUUUUUUGGGGUUUUGAGUGUUAGCCGAGAUAAGGUUUUGGUUGGGAAGGUUAAGGGGAAUGUUUUUGACAAGUUGUUGGGGUUUGGGAAGGCGUUGCUUGAGAUAAAGAAGAAUGGGGAAAGUGAUGAGGAUGUGGAUAGCGAGGUUGUGAAUUUGGGACCGGUUGCGUUGAAGAUGGGGUUUGCGGGGAUGUGUUAUGAGACGGGGUCGUCAAGCGAGUGUUUUCAAGGGAAUAGGAAGGUUUUGUUUGGUUUGCAGAAGGAGUUUUUAAAGUUGGAGAAGGAGAUGGGAGCUUCUGGUGUUGAGGUUUCGUUUCCGGAUGUUGAAGUUGAGAAUGGUGAUGAAGAGGUUCCUGAUUUGGUACCGAUUCUUGGUGAUGAUGCGUGGAAAGAUGGCUCUGGUUUGUUGUUGGAAGCGGCUGAGAGCGAUGAAGGUGGUGCGAAAAAGGCAUCGAAGAAAAAUAAAAAGAAGAAGGGUAAGAAGAGUAAGGCUGUGAAGGACGGUUCAGAUAGUCAAGAACAUGAAAUGAUGGAAGAAAAUGAAAACGGUACCGUGGUUGUUGCCAAUGGAGAGAGUGUAAGCAAUGGGGUGACUAGUAACGGGAGUGAUGUAACGUUUACAGAGCUCUUUAAAUCGAAUCUUCAGAUGGAGUUCGAAAAGAUAGCCGAUGAAGAGGGUUUGGAUAAAGACGGUGAGUCAAGCCUGCAAGAUUUAUCUACGAUGACUAUCAGUAAAGCUCCGAAAAAGAGAAAAAGAGUGAGGAGUGCAGAGGCACGCCAGUCUCAUAAUGCUGAUUUGAGUGAACAAGGAGGAACUGCCAUGAAGAGUGGUGAAAAAAGUGCAAAAAGAGUUAGAUUUUCAAUCAAGAACAACUUGGUUUGGAAGCCGCAGACUCCACUGCCUCCUCAAAGUCUUAGAAUCCCACCAUCUGUUACCCCCCGAGGCAGUGCCUUAAAACAAGGGGUACCCCCUGGCCCAAUUAGGGAAAUGCAUCCUGCUGUAAAAAGGGUGAAGAAGAAGAAGGUUCGAAAGGUGAAGACCACUUCUGCCAUCAAACGCCUGAGGAAGCUGCAAACUAUUUCUACUUGAGUUAUGAAGAAGGUUGGAGAAUCUUUAUUGAAUGUUUUUUCUGAAUUUUGUUUCUUUUUUUUUUUUUUAAUUUUGAUAUUUCUUAAUUAUAUGGUGCUUGUCUUUAAAUUCAGACGGUAUCCUCUAUACUUUGUAGUCUUAUAGUUUAUUACUUGAUUGAUAUUUAAAUGAAUGUGAAACUGAAUGAUUCUUGA